AUGGCUAAUGAAACUCCAAGACCAAUGAAAAAAGUUCAUAGUAAUAUAUUCCGUAAAGUAGGUAAACAAUUAGAAAAAUUGGAACAAAGUUUUGUUAAUGCGAGUCCAAAUUUAUCUGGUCAUUCGCAAUCUCAAUUAAAUGAUGUAUCUUCAAGUGAUCAUUUGACACAUCCAAAAUAUAGUGAAGAACAAGAUGAUAAUGUAUCAAUACAAUCUCUUCCUCAUCCACGUUCGAAACCUCCACAAGCAAUGCUUCAUCAUCAACAUUCUAAUCAAAUGAAUCGUUCACGUUCUGCUGCUGUAUUGCAUGAUGAAAAUUCUAAUGCUCAAUGGCGAACAAAUACAGAACAGCAUGUCAAUCCAAUUAUCAAAGAUCGAACUACAAGACAUGAUCAAGAAAUGCAAAUGCUUUGCAAAGAAUUAAUGGAAAAUAGAAGUCCUAAUUUAUAUGCUUGUCGAGAUUAUGAUAAAAAAGUAUCGUUAUUACGUAUUGCUGUUUCAUUUAAUACACCAAAAGUUACUAUACCGGUAAUACUAUUUCUGGAAAACACAUUAUCAAAACCUUUAUUUUACGAACUAAUUCGGCCACAUCCAUCAGCAGUUAAGAGUUAUCUUAAUAUUGCUAAAUUACAUGUUGAAAAUGAUUAUUAUAUAUCAGCGCUUAAACAAUUUGGUAAAUAUGAAGAAGUCGGUAUGAUACGUAUUCGACAAGCAAGUCAAGUAAAUGAUAUGAAUAGCAAAAUUGCUUUAUUAGAUCAAGCAGCAACUCAAAUUAAUUCACAUCCUUGGUGGCAUUUACAAGUCACUGAAUAUCAACAUUUACUUAAUAAACAACGAGAGUUACAAAGAUCUAUUUCAUCUACACAAUCAAAUGUUAAUCUUGGAAAUCGAACUGUACUUGAUACAUAUAAAGUACUAUUUGAUAUAGACUUCCGACAACAAAAAUUUAAUCGAAAUAUAGAUAAAAAUACUGUCGAACAUAGUAAAGAAAUCGAAAGAGCUUUUCAUAUGUCUCCAGAAAUGAUCAUAUGUGGUAAACUAUCCGUAAUAAUGCAAUGUGGUUUACGAAUGCAUUAUGAAGAUUUUAUUCAUUAUGCAAUGCAUCAGACUAUUUUUGGUAAGAAAUGUAUCAUAGCACCAGAAAAUUUUGCUGAUAUGGUCUAUAAUUGGGUAAAAUUAAGUGGUGAAGGACAACAAAAAGCAAGUGAAAAAACAGAACAAUUUCUUAAUAUGAUACAAAAUCCAGAACGACGAAUUUAUUAUGCAGAAAAGUUUCAAAAUUAUGAUGUUGCUAUGGAUACUAUUGCUUUUGUUCUUCGUGAUCGAAUACGAUUUGAAAAUUUACGUAAACGUAUACCUCGUGAUCAUCCAUCAUUUAAUCGAGCUACUUCAUUAUUAGAAACUGCAAAAUGGCGAAAUUAA